AUGGGUCUGUUUUCGAAGAAGGCUCCCGCCGAGGAGCAAGUCAGAGUCGAGCCGACAGUGCCUGUCGAUGAGAAGUCGUUGAAAAACACCACCGAGAAAUCUAGCGAGGAAGACCUUGUCAGCAAGGAUGUUCAGGCCGGUGUUGCCAAGGUUGAGGCCAUCACUGCCGUCUGGAGCAAGCGUGAUCUGAUCAUUGCCUACACUUUCAUCUGGCUCUUCUACGUUGUGACCGCUAUCCAGGAGAGUGCCAUGCGCACCCUGUCUCCUUUCGUCACCAGCACCUUUGCCUUCCACUCCUUGACAGCUGCGACUAGCGUCAUGUCUACACUGAUUGCCGGCCUGAUUAAGCUCCCUCUGGCCAAGAUUCUCGACACUUGGGGUCGACCUCAGGGUCUUUCUCUGAUGCUACUCUGCUGGAUUAUUGGUUUCAUCAUGAUGGCUGCUUGUCAGAACGUCCAGACUUAUGCUGCUGCUCAGGUUUUCUACGCCAUUGGAUCUCAGGGCAUCAGCUACUCUAUCACCAUCUUCAUCGCCGAUACCUCGAGUCUGAAGAGCAGAGCUCUCAUGCUAUCUUUCGCAACUUCGCCUUACAUCUUCAUGUCUUGGGCGGCCGGACCCAUAGGCGACAGCUUUAUUAAGAAGGGCGGUAUUGGCUGGCGCUGGGGCCUGGGUCUUUGGGCAAUCGUUGCUCCUGCUGUUAUCUUGCCCCUCGUCGGUCUUUUCCAUUGGAAUCUUCACAAGGCGAAGAAGAGGGGUCUCAUCGAUGACCGUGGUUCUAUCAAAAAUAUUUCUUUGGCAAAGGCCAAGAAGUUCGCCAUUAGCGUUGACGCCUUCGGUAUUCUUAUACUUGCCGCAGGCAUGGCCUUAUUCCUCCUGCCGUUCAACAUUUACUCCUACCAGGCUGAGAAAUGGCGCGCCCCUAUCAUCAUCGCGUUCAUUGUCGUCGGUUUCUGCUUGAUAGUUCUCUUCAUCCUGUGGGAGAAGUUCUGGGCCCCGGUUACGUUUAUUCCUUUCUCUCUCCUGAUGGACAGAACUGUCUUUUUUGGCGGUCUGAUGUUUUUCUUUGUCUUCUUCAAUUCAGCCGUCUGGGGUUCGUUCUUCACCUCAAUGCUGAUGGUUGUCUGGAACACGGGCGUUGCGAGGGCCACCUACAUCAGCAAUAUCUACCGGUGCGUUUCCUGCUUUUCCUCCAUCAUCAUCUCGGCCCUCAUCUACAGAACGGGACGCUUCAAGCCUUUCGCCCUGUACUUCUUGGUUCCCCUGAUGAUGCUUGGUGUUGGUCUCAUGAUACAAUUCCGCCAACCUAAUUCACCGAUUGGUUACAUUGUCAUGACUCAGAUCUUCGUCGCCUGGUCUGGUGGCCCAAUCGUCAUCUGCGGCGAGAUGGCCAUGCUUUCGCCUUCUGACCAUCAACACGUUGCUGUCAUCAUGGCUGUUCUCGAUCUGUUCGGCAGCGUCGGCAGUGCCGUUGGCGCCACUGUGGCCACUGCCAUCUGGACCGGCACUUUCAAGGACAACAUUAAGAAGUACACUCCUCCUGGCACCCCUGUUGAUCAGAUUUACGGAGAUAUGAUCAGUCAACUCAGCUGGCCCAUUGGAUCACCUGAACGCACCGGUAUUCAGCGCGCUUACGGAGACUCGCAGCGCAUCAUGCUCAUCACCAGUUUGUGCCUGUUGGUUGGUGCACUAGCUUCUGUUGCCAUGUGGAGAAACCUCAACGUCAAGAAAAUUAAGCAGGUGCGCGGAAAUGUUGUUUAA